AGUCCUUGUUUUGUUAACUUUAAACGGUCUUCUUACGUCAAUGAUCGAAUCGAAAUACAAAAAUAUAUGAGUUCGUCAUAGUAGUGUGUUUGAUCAUCAUUCUCCUAAUUAGUCUAGAAAAUGGCUAAAAUUUUAGGGAAAUCAUCUUCGCAAAUCAUCUCAAUCUUUAUGCUGAUUAUCUUAAUGAUGAUUUCUAAGUCGACAUCCGCUCCAAAUUUUUUGGCAAACACUUGCUCAAACAAUAGCCAAUAUCACACCAAUCUCAACACCCUUUUCCGUUAUCUCACCACCAACGCUACCAACCCCACCGGCUUCCAUCAAGCGGUUUCUAGCAACGGAAACACCACAAACGAGGCUGUUUACGGCAACUUCCUCUGCCGUGGGGACCAGAAUAUUAGCACGUGCCACGACUGUGUGACCACCGCAACCACCACCGACCUCCCUACCACGUACUGUCCUAACCGAAAAGAUGCAAUUAUUUGGUAUGACGAAUGUUUGGUAAGGUAUUCCAAUCAAUCAUUUUUCGGUACCAUGAAUACUAAACCGUCGUGGAUUUAUUGGAGUGCCAAUAAUAUAACCGGAAACACGACACGAUUCAUGGAAUUGAUGAGCAACGUGAUGAAUAAUGUGAUUGCGGUUAGAGCUGCAACAACUGGAGGGUCGUCGUGGCAAAAGAAAUUUGCGACGGAUUUUGUGAAUUAUACGAGUUUUCAAACGAUAUAUGGGUUUGGGCAGUGUUGUUGAUUCCUGGUUUUGAUGAUGACAAGCUAACCUUCUACUAAUAGUUUAUUUUGGAGAAUGUCAGGAACAGGUUAAUAUUUAAAAGAAGGACAAAUGCAACAACCGAAGCAAGCAAGGGAACUUUGAAGUAAUUAAGUUCAAAGUACGUGGCAAGAUUAAAUCAAGGAUUAAGUCAAGCAAAUUCUAUAAGGGUCGAAAGGUAUAAGACCAAUGUAAUUUAGUACAUGCUUAGUAUGGGAACAGAGUAUUUUGAAGAGUCCUAGUUAUAUCGUGAAACGAAAUAAAACAGUUUUGCUUUUACAAAAAGAUAAACAUCAAAUGUUUUUAAACUGAUUUUACAAAACUGUUUGAAGUUAUACUCUUGAAUUUGAGUUAACAUAUAACUCUCAAAAUACGAAAAGAUUGAUUUUCCUAAAACGCGUUUGAAGUAAGAUUUGCGAAAAUCUAUCUAUUAAAAAGAGUCAUAAACUGGGUUGGAUUUGAAUCUAGGUUAAACACUUGGAUUCGUAUAAAUACAACCUUUGUUCUUUGCUAAACUUUUUAUCAGACUUAUUUACAUCAACCGGAAGCUUUCAGGUAUCAUCCUUAAAGUCUUAAUCUUUGAAGAAGUCUGUUCCUGUUCCCAUAUAGAGCAGUAUUUGUUACUUGGUCUUAUAUCGUAUGUUAAGUAGUUAAUUAAUUCUUAUACGUUUGAUUAAAGUGUUGAGUUAUUGUAAGUUAAGCCUGAGUCAGGCUUACUUGAGCAGGAGAGAAGAUCUCACAAGAGAUCAGUGAGUUGGAACAGUUGAGGGACUGUUUCCAUAAGGGAAGGAACAAAGAGGGUUGUUCCUAGUCAUCUGCAAUCAGAGGCGAUUGGCAGAUUGUGGCCCGAGUAGAUUAGGUUUGUAAAGAAACUAAGUUGUUUAGCCUAAUUAGUGAAAGUGUUUAAGUCCCCAAAGGGGCCGUGGUUUUUUUCCUCUCUAUUGGGCCUAGAGAGUUUUCCACGCUAAAUCUUGCUUGCAUAUUUUACUGUUUCUGUUCCGUAUAGUUUAAUUUUUAUAAAUACGUAAAAUAUCAAUUCACCCCC